GUCUAGUAAAAAAAGUAGAAAUGAAAUACUAUGAAACACAAAUAUGAGAGAGCGAUGGUUUACAGAGAACUGAAAACAUAAACGACGAAGACAGUAAUCUUACAAGGAUUAAACAACAAAACUGUGUAUCAAGGUUAAUCAUGAAUUCUGAUACAGUCUGGCAGAUACGAGUGCUUACCCUCGUUUUAUUAACACAUUCUUCUCAAGCUAACAAAGCCUGCCCAAUAGAAUUAACACAACAAACUAAUUUAUCAGUGGUACACAUGUGUACAGAUGAAUCAACCAGCGGUGUACAAGGAGUGUUUCUUGACGGAUUCGUACCUGGCAAAACAGACAUCACCUGUAACUGUUCACUUCAGGCAACAACAGCACUUCAGAUUGGAAUUAGUCAGCUUUCAAUUCCAGAACAAAUGUGUGGAUCACAAUUAACUAUACAGUCAAUCCAACAACAACGGCCACUGACAUAUAAUUGCAGAAAUGGUGGGAAUGUAACAACGUUAGUGAAAACUAUUCAUGAGAAAGGGGCCUCCAUUACUUUGCAAACUAGUGCGACACACAGUGUGAAAAUCACUUACUGUAUCAACUUCUACAUUAAAUUAGGUUCAGGUACAGACAUUUGAUAUGCAUCAGGUGAUUGACUGUGCAUAGUUUAAUUAGCAGCUAUCAGAUGUCUAACAUAGUAAUGUAAUUUAGAAUCUUGAGCUUGAGUAUCAACCAUCAUACAACGUAAACUAGACUUAUUUCUCUAGCGUUAUUAGACCCAUAAAUAACGACUGCGUGCGGUUUCAGAGGUACAACAGUUACUUACAUUGAAUAAACACAAUGGAGCUAGCUUAUUCGUUCACUGUUCAGUUUAGAAGGGUAGGUCUAAAUAUUUGUUUUAACGGAUGCGUUGGUCAUAGUGCCAUUGGCAACGCAUAAGGCUUCCUCGGGUCUAUUAACAGACAUGGACAUUUAUUUUUUUCCGAGAAAACGCGAAGGCAUUCUAGUAAACACGUGCAUGGUAUCAUUAAAAAACUGACUUUAAAUAUGCAUUUUAAAACGUACUACAUCGCACUGCUUCAACACAGAAAUACUUAUUCUUAAUAUUAAUUAGGUUUGUGAUUAUUAAAGCUUGGCAAAUGACAAAUGUACCAGACAAGGUCCAUGACUAGACGCUUAUUUAGUCCGUAUGCAUGAUAUCAGGACGGGGGCA